CGGUAAUCCCGGAAUGAAAACACAGUCGGUGCAGACAGAAAAACUGUUGAGUGUGGGGGGAGUGUAUUCAAGCCCCGGUGGAAGUGGUGCUUUUUAUUUUUAACGCUUCAACCCUGCGUGACACGGCGUGGUUGUUGGCUGCAGAAUAUGUGUUCAGGUAUUACAGCAGCACAAGCCCCCUUUCGAAUUACGUCAGGGAGGAAAAGGAAAAUGCUUCUCCUUAACAGCACUCUACCAACUACGCUAUAACAUGCCUGCUAAUUCCGCACAACGGUAAGUUAUGUAGUCUAUCUACACUUACCCUGCCCGUCGUCAAUGAGGUCUUUCCUCCACACAGCCGGGACUUUAUUCAGUGUUGUUGUGUAGAUUUCUGCGCGCUGGUCGUGAUUCCAUCCAUCUUGAAUUUGACGUCAUCCCACACCAGGGAUGAGGUCAUCGCAAUGAACGCUCGUCACGUGCACUGCGCUCGCAUUGGAUGGUAAAGGACCAGGAGGCGGGAACAACGGAAGACUUGUCACUGAAGCUAAUUUAAAGAGAUAGGUGAUAUUUUUCACAUUAGCUGUCAUCGUCUGUGUUUCUUUCUAUGUUUUGUUCUGUUUUGUUUUGUCAUGAGCAAAGUUUGCUAACUGAUGUUGCAUAUUGUAAUUGGCACUGUGUUACUAGAGUGUUGUAAUUAUUAUUUUUAAAUAUAGUUGAAACUAAGUAUAGGAAGUUUGAAGUCACAUGUUUUACAGUAAACAGGGCAAGGGAGGAGCUAGUGGGGACUUUUUAAAAUUUGAUUUAAUGUGUUAAAAGCACAUAUUUUACUCUGUUACGCAUUUCAAUUAACCAAAGUCCAACUGAUUUGAUUUUUACCGGAAAUCUAAAUAUACACAUUUUAUUUUUUUUGGGUUACCUAUUUUUCUGUAUCCAACAACAUGCAGAUAUAAUAUGUGCAAAUGCAUUCUCUCCUAACCCCAAUGAAACCAAUUAGGCCUGUGAUUAAAUGGAAGUCAUCAUAGCGUAGCAGUAGAUGUGUGUCAUUACUGGCAUCCAAGAGGGACCUGUUGCUAUGUUUAUGUCCGACAGGUUUGUUCCUGAAAGGCAUUGUCAGCUACACCCAAACAGGUGGGGCAUUGCUGAAGAAAAGCAGGAAAUCGACAUAAAAUGUUCUUAUGAGCUGAAGAUUAUUGUGUGGUGUAAUUAUACUUAAUGUGUGGACACAUUUGUUGACUCCGCUUGUAGCCCUCAUCCUCCCUACAUGCGUCAACAUGUAGGCUACCCAUUCAUUAUCACCUAUGACUGAAGGAGGUUUAAUCAAGCACAUUUUCACACCUCAUUACUAUAGAAGGAUCAGCAUAACAUUAAGGAAUUCAUUUGCAAAAUGAUGCAUGAAAAUAUUUUGAGGACUGUAGUAUUUCAUCAGAUGCCAAUGUAUAUUCAUACAAAGUGAAAGUCGUGACAGAAUCCUAUAUAGUCUUUUUUAAGAACAUUUGGCAGUCAAAGCACUCUGCUGCUCCUUCAUAUAAUGAUAAAGAAGACUUGAGAGAAAAUGACAAGGAAGUUCUCACGUUAAUGGCUGGUACCGGCUGUUGGCAGCAGUAGAGCUGCCAUGGCGACCCCUGUGGAAACCAAUACAUUAGGGACUUUGUCUCCUCCCAUCCCAUGUCUCUGUCCCUGCCAUCAUAAACAUGUUUACUGUCACCACCUUAAAAAAAACAACUUAUUUAUUCUACAUAACCAAAAGUGAGGCCUGAGCUUCCUUUGUGAAAAUGUGUGAACCCCAUGUGAACCAAAGGCUUUUGUCAUUGUAAUAUACUGGCUCAUUCAUGACAUAUGUCGUAACAAUGAAUGGUCGAAUUAUUUGACCAUUAUGAUAUUUCUUGCAAAGAAUAUUGUAAUUUAACUGCACUGAUGAAUGAUACUCCACAUGUAAUACUUACCUGCUGGCUGUCAUGAUUCUGUAGUCCAUUAGGGACUGAUGGUGCACCGAGGGGAGGAGAAACACAGCUACAGAGGAUUGAGUGUUGGAGAACGCCCUGAGCAGUGAGUUAGCAUCAUCUCAAAGAGAAACAUGCACGUACAAUGUGGUCCUUAAAUACAUGGUCGAGAUUUUAAUCUGUGAAAAAUGAGUUGGAUGCUCUCCAUCUGCGUGGCGACGGCCCUGCUGGCUCUCUGUAGGGGACAAAACACUGUGCAUGAAGGAAACAGCCUGUCUGCAUCUGGCUAUCGUCUUUGUAUUUAUAAUGAAUCAAGGAAUGUGAGUCUACUGGUGAUGCAUGCGGUCCCCUAUACUGUGACGAAGCCUUGUGGGGGCUGGCUUCACUGGAAGACAUGUACAGUCACACUUUACAGGAUGACCCAUCAGACUGAGUACAGGACAGUGAUGCAGCAGGUGACCCGAUGCUGCACCGGCUACGUACAAGUGGGUCGUUACUGUGCCCUGCCUGUAAACAGGAGUGAUGAGUUCACUGCCAAGCCAGGAUCCUGUCCAACUGCAGAUGGAGUGUACAACAGAUCUGAGGACUGUGAGUGGGACAUUGACUGCCCGGGCUGCCAAAAAUGCUGUCAGAGAUCCAGUCGUUACGUCUGCAGUGAUCCUGCAAACUCAACAUAUUAUUAUGAUAAUGGAGGCUAUCGGUUUAAUGCAACAGUGACAGUGAAGAUGGAUUACCAGCCUCUGAUGUCCGCUGACAGAGGACUUCUGGAUCACACACGAUUGCUCCAGGCGAUGGUGACUGGAGCUCUGCAGUCUGACGUUACAGUUUAUUACCUCGGCUCACAGCCUGUGCAUCCCUUCAGAACAGCCACCUCUGUACUGAUUGACUGCAACUUCACCCUUUCCCUGCACAAUGUCACGUCAGAGCUGCAUCUUCUCCUCAAACACAUACAGGAAGUGUCAUCUGUAACCGUGGAAGAUGUGGAUGAGUGUGCACUGUCUGCUCUGUGGCGUUGCUCCCCCCACUCAUACUGUAACAACACAGUAGGCUCCUACCUCUGUUCCUGCAACCAAGGAUAUGUAGAUGUGGACCCCAGUAACCAUGGAGCCAAUUGCACAGCUGACGUCAGGAUGGCGACCACUACAGAGCCCUGUCCUACCUAUCUUCCUCCCAUGAACACAACCACAAUCUCAGCUUCCAACAGCUCGCAGGAGCCAGUGAGGAACAACACUGAGGGUUCCUUCAGCUUCACAGGGACCAGCAGGCCUACAGCUCCGAGUAAUACAAGCACCGUCGCUUAUAAUUCAUCACACGCCCCACAGUGGACAAGUUCUGCACCUUAUAGCAGCCCGCUACCAACAACCACAUGCUAUCCUUCCAACAUCAACAGUGUAUGGGCAGCUAAUGUCACUGGAACCUCCUUCCGUGUCUACUGGUCCAUCCAGUUUCAGACAAACCAGACGUACCAGGUUGUCCUUAGCAAAAGAUCAGAGGUCAUUCAUUCAGGAUUCACCAAUCAGACCAUGAUGGAGGUGAGGGAUCUGCAACCUGGGGUGCUCUACACAGUAACUGUCACACCUCGAUCCUGCCAACAAGGAAUCGCCUCAGUUAUAUCAGUCAAGACUGAUGCUCAGAAACUGGACGCCACAACACGACUUACCAACAUAGAGUUCACUGCUGACUUGCAGAACAGCAGCAGCCAGGCCUACCAAAACCUCACUGAGAGUAUUACACAGGAGAUCUACCAGUCUCUGUCUCCGGAGGUAAAGGCCAUGGUGGAUUCAGGCCAGAUGAGAAUCGAGAUCAGAAGCUUUUCCCAGGGGAGUGUGUUUGUCCACUUUACAAUCACCCUCGCCCCCAGUCAAAGCCAAGACAUCAGUAAUGUGUCCACAGCUCUGCAAAACUCCCUGAUGAAUAGCACCAAAUAUACUGUGGAUAGAAACAACACAAGCACAAAUGAUUUUAAUGAGUGCGCAUUGGGAGAAAAUGACUGUUCCCUGUGGGCUACAUGUACAAACACCUGGGCCUCCUACACAUGUGUCUGCUCUGAUGGAUUUAUAGACAACAACCCAGAGAGGCCUGGACGAUCCUGUCAAGCAAUCACAGCCACUACUGCCCCUAUUACCACGCCUACUGCAACAACAACCACUGCUACCACCACUUCAACAACCAUUACUCCUCCAACACCCACCACUGCUGCCCUAAUAACCACUAUUGCAUCAACAACCACAACUACCAUCCCUCCAACCACCACCACUGCCCUUACAACCACUACUGCACCAACCACCACAACUACCACCCCCCCAACCACCAUUGCUGCUCCCACAACCAUUCCGAUUGCACCAACAACUACAACAACCAUCCCUCCAACAACCACUACUGCACCAACCACCACAACUACCACCCCUCCAACCACCAUUGCUGCUCCCAUAAUCAUUCCGAUUGCACCAACAACCACAACAACCACAACAACCGCCCAUCCAACAACCACUACCACCUCUCCAACCACCACCACUGCCCUAACAACCACUACUACUGCUCAUAUAAUCAUCACUGCUGCUCCAACAACCACCAUAACCGCCGCUGCUAUCACCAAUAUGGUCCCAAUAUCCACCAUGUCUUCUCCUGCAACCACCACCACUGCACCAACAACCAUAACCAUAACAACCCCUACUACUGCCCCUGUAAUUACUACCACAUCUGCCCCAACAACUGCCCGUACAACAACACUUUCUGCCCCUGUAAUCACCAUUACUUCCCUGACUACAACCACUACUGCUGCUACAACCACCCCUAAUGCCCUAACAACCAUCAGCACUGCCCCUGUAAUCACCACUUCUGCAAUGAUAUCCACAUCUACCCCUUCAACCCGUGUUACCAACCCCACUACCAAGAUUAGAGCUCCUCCAUCCACUGCUACGACCCUGAGAACUGCUUCCCAUGCCUCUACACUGGGGGCAAUCUCCGUCCAGUGCAGGAUCGCUGCCAUCACAGUGAGCGUUUCCAGGGAUUUUCUCCUGAGCAACAAGAUCAGGGAGGAAAACCUCUACCUGGGCCUGCCUGAAUGCGGCGUCAACGGAGGCAAUGCCCUCCACGCCCAGCUGACCGUGGCUUGGAAUGAGUGUAGCACCAACCUUAUGCAUAAUGAAACCUACUACACGGCAUCUGUAACCCUGUUCAACACCAUGGAUAUGUACACAUCACCCAGUGGGACACUGGAGGUUCCAAGGGUGCGGCUGGAGGUUCCCAUCGUGUGUUCCUUCAUUAAGAGCAUGCUCAUCUCUGCUAACUUCGGCUCCAUGGGGUAUGACAUGAUCAAAGAUCUGAUCAUCACCGGCUCGGGGGAGUUCCAGGUGACGGUGCAGCUGAUGAAUGGUACAAUGCCUCUACCCCAUAACUACACCCUGUCCUCUGAGGAGGCGGUGGUGGUGGAGGUCAGCCUCAACACCUCCUCAGAGCAGAUUAAAGUGGUCAUCAACAAAUGCUGGGCUACCCCCACCCCAAACCCUGUUGACAUCUCCAGCCACAUCUUCCUGGAGAACAGCUGUUCCAUGAACACAUACACCACGGUGUUGGUGAACGGGAACUCCAGCACAUCAAGAGUGUCCGUGCAGAUCUUCUCCUUCAUCAACCUGGAUGUGAUCUAUCUGCACUGUCAGGUCCAGAUCUGUGUGGAGGCUGAAUCCAAUUCUUGUGUGCCUGACUGUCAACAAAGAAGCGCUCGGUCUUCAAACACAAUUGGAACAUCACUCGGUUCUUCUGGGCCUCUGUGGAGGUUAGAUGAAGGGUCCCUCGAGGAGGGAUCUGACACUCUUCAUUUAGUUGGGCUCGCCUGUCUGGGAAUUGGCGUGUCGCUCUUCUUCAUCAUUGGUUUCGUUUGCCUGUUCUACUACCAGAGGAACCGCAUUGGACACUAUAACUUCAGCGCCAAACCCAAGCAGGAGAACUUCACCUACCUGGUCUUUAACACUUAGUCGUGCAGCAGCACCAACCACUGAAACCACCGCAUUAGAAAACAUAAACUGUCCUGCAGCAGCAGACAUGUUUGGUAGGCCAUUAGAGUGCAGCGGCCACCGGGUGGCCCUGUUGCACCACAUUAGUUCUCAUCAAGCAUUGCAAAUCUUUGCACAUUAAAAAUAAAUUAAGCACAAAUGAGUUUUAUAUAUAUUUCACCCCCAGUCUAUAUAUAUUUAAAAUAUUUAAAGUAGUUGCAUGUGUAGUAAUGUCAUAUAUGGAGAUUAUAAUAUAUUUAUGUAUAUUAACAGUAUAGAAUAAAUAGGUUGCACAUCUUUAUUGCUAAAAGUGAAUUUUUUAAAGAUGUAAGCUGCAUUUCGCAUUCAGUCGAGACAAAUAUGUUCCAGAAGCAUGAGACAUGAUUAAACUCAGAAAUUCUGAAUAUUGCAAAUACACCUUUCACUGUAUGGCUCACAUUAACGCUUGUAAUGUCAGCUUUGUAGAUGGCAUUGCAAAUCUUUGUAUAAGUGAAUUCAAAUAUGCUUAAAAUAUAUCAUCUGCAAUACUGAUGAA